AUGACUUCUAUUUCCCAUCUUCCUUGCACUUGUUCUGAUCAUAGGCCUUUGUUGAUCUCUAUAUCCCCUCACACUAUUGCUCCCUUACCAAGAUUUAGAUUCUUCAAUGUAUGGGUGGAACAUCCUGAAUUCCUAUCCUUUAUUAAAUCUGUCUGGCUACCUGUUUCAUCCUUCCCUCCUUGGAUUAAACUAUGGCAAAUUCAGAAAAAAGUUGUUAAAUUGCUGAAAGCCUGGAAUUGGAACUGUUUUGGCAACCUUACAACAAAAGUUGAAGAGGCUGAAGCUAAGGUGAAACAGACUGAAUUAAACUUUCAGAUGGGGCUCUCUGAUGAACAAAACAUGAUAUUAGCUAAUGCUAAUUUGCUUCAAGCUAUUCUUUGGGAGGAGGAUUUCUAUAAACAAAAGGCUGCCAUCAAAAAAUUUCUUGAUGGGGAUAGGAAUACAAAGUUUUACCAUGCCUGUAUUAAACAAAGAAGACACUCCAACACCAUCUUGAAGAUCAAAAAUCACAAUGGCAUUUGGAUCCAAGGUACUGAUAUAAUUCACAGAGAUGCUAUAGAUCACUUUCAAAAUCUGUUAUCUGAACCUCAUGAGGCUACCCUAUUGAACUUUGAUCCUAGCCUACUGAAUGACAACUUCUCUGAUACUCAUUGUCUAGAUUUAAUAUCUAUUCCUACUGAAGAAAAAAUUUGGAAAGCUUUAUGUUCUAUUGAUGGUGACAAAGUGUCUAGAGCAGAUGGUUUUACUUCUACUUUCUACAUAAAACUUGUGAGGUGGUAA